UUUGAUUGUAUCUUAUAAGUUGCAUUCAGUUCGGCACAUACCAAAUCCUGGUAAUAUAGAUAGCCGUCCGUGAUGUCGCACAAGGAUAUAGCCGCAGUUUGGUCAACACUUCAAUGUCGCGCGGACAUCGACAACAUUCUCCUAGAAUUGAUCGGUCGCUAUGCCCUGGAUGCUUCGCCAGAUCGGGCCCUAUCUCGUGCAACCGCUUUCAGCCAUGUCGUAGCGUUACGAACAAUCUUCGAUUUACAGCGAACAUACCUGCAAUCACCAGAUUUGAGUUUCGAGUCAAGAACUUCACUUCUGAACCCCGACAUUCUCUUCUCAGCGAUCAAACAUCUCCUGGAAGUCAAGGUCUUGGCUUUCUGCGCUCACGAUGGCCUGCCUGAUCACGAUGCACACUGCAGCUUCGUCGGUCAGGCUCUUGUUUCAGGAAUUCGUGCCCUUCAUCUGCAGAAUAGACGGCUCUCACUUUCCGAGUAUGAAGCAGUCAUCCGUAAAUUCGAACUAGCUUGGAGCAUUGAGACGCUUCGUGCCGUUGACCACUUUUCGGUCAACCACUUCUGCCGUAGAAUGUUGGCAGAGCUGUCGAACAACGAGCAAAAUCAUCGCUUGUCAAGCCCUGCUUGUGGAAUCGUCCGAUUGCAAGAUUUCUUCCAUGGACUUUAUCCUUUGGAUGGCAGCCUUGAUGCCCUCGCCCAUGCAGCCAAGACAGCCUUAACAACAUUGAGAAGCUCAGCAGACUGGUUUUACUGUGCUUUAGUACUGUAUGAUAUGUCGUGGGGCACGGCCGGAGCCAUAAUUCAAAUUUGCAUGGGUAAUCAAUAUUACAAAGGCUCUGAUAAUAACAACUUUGCUAGAGACGCCGCGCUCUUGACUUUGUCCUCUCAGUUCAAGAUGUUAGAUCUAUUGUUUGGAGACUCCACUCCUUCCUCGCCACCAGGAGAGCUCGAAUGGGUCUAUGAGCAAAUGCAGACGAUGCUAUUUAUGAACAUUAAACCUGCUUGUUGUGGGCGGGAAUGUAUUUGUCUUGGCGCCCACUCAGAAUACGUACAGCAACUGUGGGCACAAUGUAUCUCGAAAGAAGCCUCCGAGAGCAUUCACAGGCAUUUUGAGAAGAUAUUGCAUCUAGAAAUUGAACCAACGCUCAAGUCGUUACAAUUAACUUUAGAAGCCCGUCAUGCUAUUCUUCCCGAUGCCGGCGAAGAACUCAUUGCCUUCUCGCGAAAGAUGGUCGACUUCACAAAUGAAUGGUGUCCUGGAGUCCUGAAGGGCCUGGAGCAUGACAGCAGAACAGUCAUCACACCUGAUGAUACAUUCAUCAUGAAUUGUCCCGAACUACAUCCAGUGCCAGGCAAGAUUCUCCUUCCAAGUCUUGAGGAGAAUUCGCUUAUGAGGCGUCGACGGGCGAGUCUGUCUUCUGAGGAUUUUCAAGUUUUAAAAGACAUUCCUUCGAGGACGGGCUGUAAGCAAUGCCCACACCAAUCAAAUUUCAUCUCUGUACGGAAAAUAGAACCGCUAUCAAAAUUGUCUGCGUAUGUUCAGGAGAAACUGAAUGAUCGACAUAAGUUGUUGCGAACCAAAGCCGACACGACAACGAAAUUACCCAACAAAACGCUGUCACCGCCACUAUCCGGAAGGGCCACAUUAUCCCGCCGACAUGAAUCCUCAGUGUUACCACGCUACAAUAGACCUCAAGAUCAUUCGAUAGCCGAAUUACCAAGCAUCGUCCACACCCUCCAGCCGAGAAGGGGAAGUAACCUUUCACUCGCCUUUUCGGAAACUGCGACGCGACUGUACCGUGCUACUACAAGCAAUGUCGACAUUCCUGGGUCAGGCAUGUCAAGUCCACCCAAGUCCUCAUCUCCAGCUACGACUUAUCUCACAUCUUCAAGUGCGCAUUCUCAUCACUCAGACUCUUUAUCACGACCGUCAUCCAGGACUUUUAGUGCAUCCCCAUUUCCGACACAGGAGGAAACCACAGCUCUGCCUGAAGUUUUUGAACCUUCCAAAUCAAAGCUUUCUAGUCUCACUUCGCCUCGAUCAAUACAAUCGGAUGCAGGCUCUGGCAUUUUUCAGUCACCGUCUCGGAAGUGGCCUUUCAAAUCACGUCGCGGACCCAAAGGAGCCUUUAGCAUUCCUUCUGCAACAUUUUUCACAUCUGGCAGGGCUUUACUGCUGUGGAAUGACAAAGGGGUAUGCUUAUACGAUUUUCAGAAUAUCCUUUCCAUCUCACAUUGCAUCAUAACUCCUGGUGAUAUUCUGCUCGCAGCGGGUGGUACAAGGAAAACCGGAAUAGUAAGCAGAAACGGCCCAAUAAUUCUGCUCCGCAUAUUUCAAUGUGCAAAUCAGACUCCGAUACAGGAGAUAGAGAUAGAAGAAGUGCCUUUCGCAAUGGCUCUAUCAAGCAACGAUCACUAUCUAGCCUUGAAAUUCGGAAAUUACGUUCGUGUCGUCGAUACUACCAAUAGGUCGUUCUUUCAACACAAACUACCAAUUCAAAACGGCCGAAGCGGUCCUAAUGAUCAUCUCGUCACCUUCUCGACUGAUUGUCUCUCGUUCGCUGCAACUACCAGAUUCGAGCCAGAGAAGGUGUUGACAUAUUUCUGCGAAUGCCAGAAUCCGUCGAAUGGAGACUUUGUCGAGAGCAGCGCUCCAUUUGGUUUGAGAAAGGCAACCCAGUUUAUCUCAAUCUCCUACCGACUAGAUCCUCUAGCCGUGUCAUGCGUGACAAAAAUCAGCAAGUGGGAUCCAGAAUACACGGCGCUGCUCUGUGCGCCACCGGCCAGAAUCUGGUCCUUCUGA